AUGUCUCUGGAAAACCGUGACGAAGCCGUCCGAGAGGUCAAGCUCUUCGUCCGUCGCAUCGUGCGAAACGACUGGGCUUUUGACUCAACACUGUAUGCGGACGGAAACCGGCCAGGGCCUUCAACCUCGACCACCUUGACAGAUGGGACCCUCUGUGAGGGCCGCCAGGUGGUAGAAUGGCGAUGCAGGGAAUUCGAUAGUGCGGGCUCGGAACUGGAACCGCAAUCCUCCGACCAAAGCGAUUCAGAUGUGCAGUCACCUGCUAGGGACCAAGGAAUUGAACGGCGUCGCAGGCAUCGUCGCCGAAUGGACAAUGAAAUGGCCUGGAAUGAGGGAUUGCGAAUGUGGAUGGCCCGACGUGACGAGUGGACCGGCGCAAGGACGCAGCGGCAGCUCCGCGCAAAGGAUCGGAAGCGCAAGCUUGACACCUCACAAAGGCAAACCCAGCCAACCGAGUCUUCUGGCGAGGGCACUGAGACUGGCGUCGAGGGCUCUUCACUCAAUGUCGCCCUGAACCCGAGGGAGGCCAAUGAUCAUGGCUCGCUGGUAAAUAAGACCGAAACGAAUCUUUCGAUCUCCGACAAGAAUGGGGCCGAGGCACAACAGGCCCACCGGCAGCCAGAGAAAGAGCACCCCAGCGCACAAGAUGAGGAGGCAAAAAGUUGCAAGGAGCCCACCGCAACCAGCGUCACCGAGCCGGAACAGGCCCCUGGCGAAACACCCCGCCUGAAUGGAGCCCAGGUCGAUUUCCAGGACUCAGGCAAUGAGCAGGACUCCGAUCAGGAGGAGGAGCUGGAUGAGCCUCUUGUUCCGGUUGCUCCUCCAUUCAUUCCGUCUUCAAAUCCAGUUCGCGCCACGAUCACCCCCACCAUCUACCCCUCAAUUUACUCCAAGGUGGUCGUACAAGGCCUGACGCCGACCGUCCCCAUCAAUCUGGCAGAUUUGACCAAGGCCAUGGUCCAAGGGUGGAAAUCAGAUGGCCAGUGGCCACCUAAACCGGCGGUGUCAUCCAUUGUUCUUCAAGAUGACGCUUCGGUUCCAAAGAAAGUGCCAGACUCUUCUGCCGGAGCGGCACCGACACGGCGAAAGAACAGCAUCACUAAUGCUAUGCGCAAGGUGUUCCACAUGGGCACUCACCCAUUCCAUCGUCGUGGCUCAACGGGCCAAGAUUCUGGUGCCGGGAAUCACAAUGCCAACGGAGCCGCUAUUUGA